CACUGUUAUUCCCGCGUUACGGUCUUUCUUCUUUUUCCCGCAGUUUACAUUUUUGAAGUUUAUAUUGUAAUUUAAAGCAGCACGUGGAGACCGGUGGAGAACGGGCCAUUAACUGUCACCGACCGAUUAACGGUUUAACUGAACCCAUCACCUGAAUAAACCCUGCGAGACUUUACAGGUUUUUACAGCUUUUCGUCAUGUCUUUCGCAUUGGCCCACCAUGAGACACCCAAGUACCAGCACCGUGACCCUAUCACCAACAAGAUGCUUCUGUGUGACCAGUGCCCACCAGGCACAGCUUUGGAACGACACUGCACUCCCAGUGAGGAAACCGUCUGCACCCCUUGCCCUGAGAGGCGCUUCGCAGAGCAUUGGCACUGGGGAGACAGCUGCCAGUACUGCACGUCAGUCUGCAAGGAGAGACAGAUUGUCCAGAGGGAAUGCAACAGUACACACGACCGUAUUUGUGAAUGCAUCGAUGGUUACCAUCUGGUGGUGGAAUUCUGCGUCCAGCAUACAGCCUGUCCGCCAGGGUCAGGUGCCUCUGUGCUGGGCACACCUGAAAGUGACACAGUGUGCGAGAAGUGUCCCCAGGGCUUUUUCUCCAGCGUAGCCUCAGCCACAGAGCCCUGUCUGCCCCACCGGGACUGCUCUCGACUGGGCCUGAAGACCCUGAGGCCAGGCACAGCCACCCAGGAUACGGUCUGCGAGAGCGACCAUACUUUUGACUGCUCAGAUCAGCACACUGACUGCCAUAACGACAUCACCCUUUGUGAGGAGGUCAUAUUCCAGUUCCUGUCAUCUCCGACACUUGCCUCUGUAUCUGUGGAGCGUUUGCUGGAGAGCCUGCCCGGGCGACGGGUGGACUGGAAGAGUGUGGAGCACCUGAAGAAGACCUGCAGCCCGCAGCAGCAGGCCCUGUAUCUGCUGCGUCUCUGGAGGGAGCAGAACAGAGACCAAGACAAGCUGCAUAUCAUCAUACAAGGUGUGAAUCACUGCGAGAGAAAGGUGUCUCGCUGCACUGGCCUGAAGAACAUGACACUGGGACACCUGCUGAUGCUCGUGGACACCCUACCUGGAGAGAAAGUGAGUGAAGAAGCCGUGCGGGCGCUGGCUCUCUCGUGCCCUUCGCACCGCUACAUUGUGCAGCUUCUCCACCUGUGGAAGAGCCAGAACAGUGGCCAGGACCUGGCCAAGGCUCUGUCCCACAGCCUGCGCAAGCUACGCUCGCGAGGAGCCCCGCGGGCCAUGCUGCGGACUCUGAAACAGAUCGUCCGCAUCAUUAACGCCUCCCCUGUACACCGCGUGUAUGAAAAAAUGAUCGUUAAAUUGCUUCAGGACAGCUCGUGCUUUAAAUCCAAACUCUACAAUGACUGAACUCCUGGAGGCCAAUGGAGGAUGGCUGAAGAGAAGAAUUAUUUAAUUGCAAAUUGAAAAGAGUUGUAUAUACUUUCACUUUUAUGUGAGAACUGGGACUGAAGGGGUGGGUGGGGUGUAAUGCUUUCAGCAGAAGAAGAAAAUAUUUUUGUGGCCUGUUUUUCUCGUCUUGUGUUGGACGGCUUUUACCGAAGCUCUAAAGAAAAAGAAUGUCAGAUAUGAAUGUACAGUAUAAGAGUGCAAUUAUGUUUUAUUUAAUUUUAAUGGUGUGUUUCCAAAUUUGCUUUAAAUUUUGCUAUUUAUCACUAUGUCUAAAAACUGGACACUGAAGCUAUGUUUCAUAUUUGAAAGCAAGCUGUAUUAGUAGGUUUGAUUUUAUUUUAUUUUCGUGGCAUUUUUGUUUUUGUUUCACAUUAAUGGUUUUCUUCAUAAUAACAUGACAUUGACAAUCGAGAAAAAUGUUAUCUUAGACAUACACGUGUAUGUCAACAUACAAGUACAUACUUCUGCAGCCUAACUUAAAUAUACAGUUUAUAUUAAUGCUGACUUCAUGUUUCAAGCUUCAUUGCAUGUUAGGCUUUUGCAUACUGUUUCGUUUUCUUUAGGGACGUGUCUUUAUGAAACUUCUAUUUUUGCAUCUGUUAGUGCUUAUAUAUGUACAGUGGCAUGCAAGUUUGUGUUCCUGUAAGCAGCUAAUCAAGUAAAAGAUAAACCAAGUUCCAAAUUAUAAUAAUCGCAUUUCAAACAGCCAAAAAUACAAUCUUCAUUGGAGAUCCAGAUUUUGGUGGUAUUUAAUUGAAUCUAUUCUUCCCCAUGCCACUGACUGCAAUACAAGCCCAAAGCAUGAUCAGUUCUCCUUCAUGCUUUACAGUUCUUUUUUUGGUUACAUUUUGCACCCUUUUCCCAAACAGACCUUUGGUUAUUUGGUAUAUAACUAAAACAUUCUAUUUUACCUGUAACAAUUAGUGAUGCACUGAUGUGUGAAAUUGUUUUCAUGCUACUUUGAGGUAAGGAUGCAGGAAAGAGUAUUUUAUAAAUUCUGAUCUACAAUUUGAUUUUUAAAAAUUGUAUUACGUGGUCCUACGUAAUGAUAACCAUGUCAUUGGCCUACACAAGCUAAUUAAUAUCUACCUUGGAAAAAAAAAAAACAUUGUAUUUAGAUUUUUCUAGGUGCCUAAACUUUGCAGGUUUCUCUUUUAUUUUUUUCCAUUUUAAAAUACAUUUAAAUAUACAAAACCAGAAGAUUACAGUAGUCUUACUUAAAAUGUUAAAAAGAAUCCUUAAUCUUUUUUUUUUUAGUUUGGAAUUCUUCUACACUUUUUUUUUUCUUUUUCACAGUAACACAUUUUGCAUGCCACUGCUUUCAUAAAAAUCACAUUUUACAGUCCUUAAACUGCACCUUGUUCAAAUAGCUUAAGCUUACUGUUUUUUAGAGUUUGUCUGUAUGCUACUGUUACUGGCCUGCUGUUAUUACAAUGAGCUGUAUUAAAUUUUCUUUUAGAUUUUUACUA